AUGGCGACGGAGGCGUACGGGCUGGUGAUCAAGGACGAGCUGCUGCAGCUGCACGGGCAGGGGCGGCUUUGCUGCGAGGCUACGCCGGCGGCGGCGGCGGCGCCAGCCGUGACCAUGGUCGCCGGCGGCGGCAGGGCUAAGAGCGUGAAGAGAAGGAAGAGGGAGCCACUGGCGGGGAUGUCGGCUGUGGCGUUGGCCGGCAACGGUAAGGAGGCCGGCGGCGACAGGUCCGGGGGUGGCAAUGCUGUGAAGAGGAGCUCAAGGUUUAGAGGUGUGAGCAGGCACCGAUGGACAGGCAGGUUCGAGGCACACCUGUGGGACAAAGGGACAUGGAACCCAACGCAGAAGAAGAAAGGAAAGCAAGUUUAUCUCGGGGCGUACAACGAGGAAGAUGCGGCGGCGAGAGCCUACGAUCUGGCGGCGCUCAAGUACUGGGGACCUACCACCUACACCAACUUCCCUGUCGCAGACUACGAGAAAGAGCUGAAAGUGAUGCAUGGUGUAUCCAAGGAGGAGUACCUAGCCUCAAUAAGAAGGAAGAGCAACGGCUUCUCUCGCGGGGUUUCCAAGUACAGAGGCGUUGCACGGCACCACCACAACGGCAGGUGGGAGGCGCGGAUCGGCAGGGUGUUCGGCAACAAGUACCUGUACCUGGGCACCUACGCCACGCAGGAGGAGGCGGCGCGCGCCUACGACAUCGCCGCCAUCGAGUACCGCGGCAUCAACGCCGUCACCAACUUCGACCUCAGCACCUACAUCCGCUGCCUCAACCCCCACCACCACCACCACCACCACCACCCCACGUCGUCCAUGUCCAUGUGCGCCGUCCAGCCCACCCACGGCGACGGGCUCCUCGCCCCGCCGCCGCGGGCCUCCUCCGAGGUGGGCGACGCGUACGGCCGUCCGUCGCCGUCGACCACGGCGCUCGGCCUGCUGCUGCGGUCCUCGAUGUUCCGGGAGCUCCUGGCGCAGCAGCCCGCCGUUGGCGACGGCGAUGGCCAGCCGUCGCACGACGCUGACGACGUGAAGGUGCCCCCGCCGCCGGAGAGCGAGUACGGGGGAGUAUUUUCCGACGAUGACGCGGCGUACGGGUGCUCCAUGUACGAGCUGGACGACAGCUUCGCGCUCAUCGAAGACUCGGUGUGGAACUGCUUGAUCUGAUCUGAUCUGAUCAAACUUGUGAAAAAAAAAAUAAGAGUAAAGUGCACCGGUGGUCCCUAAACUUACGUGUAUAUGUCAUCUGGGUCCCAGCACUCUUAAAAUGUAUUUUUGGGUCUUCGAA